AUGAUCGGGGGGUUCGUUUGGCUCCGUGUGUUCGGGCCUACUGCUGGAUCGGCGCACAAGAUCCAAGAGUACAAUCGAGCUGUUGAGCGACAGAAGGAGGAAAUCGAGUUGGCUGAACGACGCGAGCGUGUUCGUCGUGCACAGGAAGCGAAUAGAAAGGCGGCUGAGGAAGCUGCGAAACAUCAGCAAGAUGAUGAUGAUUUUGACUUCUCUUCUAUGGGAGGAGGUGCUCCAGGAGGUGGAAACCCAGCUUUCGACUUGUUCAACGACCCAGAGAUCACUGAGGCUCUGAAGGAUCCUGAGGUUCUUCCAGCUUUGAUGGAUAUCAUGAAAAAUCCGGCGAACUUGAUGAAAUAUGUUGGAAACCCGAAGGUUGCCGCUCUUCUCGCCAAAAUGCAGGCAAAGGGAGGAAUGCCUGGAAUGUUCGGAGGGCCAUCAUCUGGCGGAUGCCCGGGCGGCGAAUGCAACGAUUCUGGAUGCAAGCCAGCUCCGUCGAAGGCCCCGGAACCCGAUUUGGAUUAA